GCCUGUUUUACAUAUCCGUCUUUACAUAUCCUUCCUCAUCCCCACCACCGCCACCUCUGCAUUGUCCCUUUGUGCUUGCACUGAUUGACCAUCUUCCCAUUGUUGCUCCAGCCAUCUGUUUCAUUCUCUAUCAAAAUCUUCUAAAGGACCCAACUUUUUUCCAGCCAUUAGAUUCUCUGUCUCUCAAAUCUUUCUGUUUUCUCUCACCACAAAUGGCACUACCAAAACGUGGCCACAGAUUUUUCAAAUUCAGGAGCCCAGCCACAACCCACUACUGAUCAUGUCAAUUUCAAAACUUUCUUGAAAUAAACCCACCUCCACUACUAGCUAAUUCAAUUAAAGUCCACUUUCUACAGAAAACCAUACCAGCACAACAAGUUUGUUGUUUGAUUGCCUAAAAGGAAGAUAUUAUUCCCAUCCCUAACUAUACCCACCUCUCAAAUCUAUCAAUACCCACCUCUCAAAAUCUAUCAAGCUUAUCUGUAGAAGAAAUUCUACAGGUAUUUCCUUCUUUUUUGUCUACGAGUAUAUACCCCUCUCUUUUUCAACCAAAUGAAAUAUCAGGCCUACAAGUUGUCACACAAGGUUCUGGGCAUGGCCUGGAUUAUGCUGAGGAUUGAUUAUUCAAGACUCUUCUGGUUGUUGUUUGGUGUUUUCUCCAACGAAAAUCACGAAGGAAAGCCUCGGAUUUUUUAGCAUCAGGUUAAUCUUUCAAGUACUUUAGAGCCAAUUUCUUCUGUAGCAUUUUAAAUAUAGAUAGUAGAAACAUACCUGUAGAAAGAACUCAAGAAAUUUGGAAGAACCUUGAGUCAUGAACAAAGGGGGGUUUGGAGAACCCAUUGAUGGAGCAAAGUUGCAGUUGGAGUACAUUGACAUGGACCCAUCUGGUCGUUAUGGACGUUAUAGGGAAGUUCUGGGCAGAGGAGCAAUGAAAACAGUGUACAAAGCAUUUGAUGACGUUUUUGGGAUGGAGGUGGCUUGGAACCAGGUCAAUCUCGACGAUGUCUUUCGAUCACCUGAUGAAUUGCAACGGCUUUAUUCAGAGGUCCACCUCCUAAAGAGCCUCAAUCAUGACUCCAUAAUCCGGUUCUAUGCCUCCUGGAUUGACCCUGAACGCAGAACUUUCAACUUCAUCACCGAACUGUUCACUUCUGGCAACCUUAGAGAGUACAGACAGAGGCACAAGAGAGUAGAUAUUCGAGCUGUUAAGAACUGGGCUCGCCAAAUCCUAAGAGGUCUUGCUUAUCUGCAUGGCCAUGAUCCUCCAGUGAUACACCGAGACCUCAAGUGUGAUAACAUCUUUGUCAAUGGCCAUCUUGGGCAAGUCAAGAUUGGUGAUUUAGGUUUAGCAGCCAUACUUUGUGGGUCACACCAUGCCCACAGCGUCAUAGGUACACCUGAAUUCAUGGCACCGGAAUUAUAUGAAGAGGAUUAUGACGAGCUUGUGGAUAUAUAUUCAUUUGGGAUGUGUGUGUUAGAAAUGCUUACAUCUGAGUACCCCUACUGUGAGUGCUCCAAUCCUGCUCAAAUUUACAAGAAAGUGACUUCGGGGAAGCUGCCAGAAGCAUUCUACCGGAUUCAAGAUGCCGAAGCCCAGCGCUUUGUUGGAAAAUGCUUAGAAACUGCCGGAAAGAGGCCAUCGGCCCAGGAGCUGCUGGGAGACCCAUUUCUUGCUGCUGCUGAAGGGGAGGCACUGCCCAUCAUCUCAAUGACUCCAUAUCAAAGUUCAAGUAUUCCAACUGGACCAUCGGUUAAUAUGCCGGUUUUGUUGGCUACUUCAAAGAGGAGUACAGAAAUGACUAUCACAGGGACAAUGGAUCCGCAAGAGGAGAGCAUAUUUCUCAAAGUCAAGAUCACUGACAAGGAUGGGCAAGCCAGAAAUGUGUAUUUCCCAUUCGACAUCCAUAGUGACACAGCUGCUGAUGUUGCCACGGAGAUGGUGAAGGAAUUGGAGAUCAGUGAUUGGGAGCCAUGGGAGAUAGCAGAGAUGAUUGAUGAGGAGAUUUCUGCUCUGGUUCCAAGUUGGAAGGAGGGUGAGUGUGACUUACCUCUAUACCAGAACCAGCACAGCUUCAACUAUGAGGAAGACGAUGAUGACGACCGCAGAACCCAGCACCCUUUCGACUAUCUCUCUUCCCGUUCUUCCUCCCAUUCAUCUCUUCCGGGCCUAUACAACUCAUCCAAGACCCAGUUUCAUCGGUCAAACAAUAUGAUGACUUACAGCCAUGAUUGGGUUCAAGAAAAUUUCAUCCCUGAUGAUGAUGCGAGUUCUCAAAGCUCCCUAAAUUCCCUCAAGUACUUCGACUUCAAUUAUUUCUCGGGGAACGAAAAUGCCUUGGAUUCGAGUCCCAAAAUAAGGGAUUCUCACUUCAAUGCUAAGGCACAGAACUGUACGAGAUUCUUUCCCAACGAAUGCAAGAGUACAACAAAUUGUCACAACCGAUGUAAUGCACUGUUUAAUGCUGGGAGAACAUAUGGCUCCAAUGAUCACUGGCAGAAAAUAACUCGUAUGAAAUCCAUGAUGGACAUGCGUAGCCAGUUGUUGCACCAGUCUUUGGUGGAUAUGAUAAACAGGCGGCGCCUGUGUAAGACCGUCGGUGCCAUGGAGGACAUUGGGUACAAGGAACCAGGGGAGUUUUCUGGGGACAUGUCUAUAUAUGGUGACUUCUCCGGGAGAUCUUCUGAAAAUCGUGAAGGAAAAGGAUUUGGAAGUUGUUGAGGUACUUUCCUUUUGAACUUUUGGUGAGGUGCUUUAAGGUGUAAAAUGAGGCCAACAACUGUAUAUAUUUAUGUUGUAAGGUGUGUGGUGUGCUUUUUGUUUUUCGAAUCAAUAAUAUGGUUUUCUGGUCCAGUUUAUGUACUUCUUAGGACAUGCAUCGAUCGGAAGGAUGUUUCUUGUUAUGCCAAAAAGUAGUUUUUCUUUC